AUGCUGGUAACCUCCGUUGACUAUCUUUGCGGAAAGAUCCCUGUUGAAUUCCGCACUGAUGUGGCUGCCCUGCGCUUUCACCCUGAUAAAAAUCCGGAUAAUCCUGCCGCUGCUGAUAUCUUCAAGGAUGUGAGCAGAGCCUAUCGAGCACUGGUGGAUCCAGUGAAGCGCAGCAUCUAUGACAAAUAUGGCAGUCUUGGUCUCUCCAUAGCAGAACAGGUUGGUGAAGACAAUGUCAACACCUACUUUAUGCUUUCAAGCAAGUGGUGCAAGGCCCUGUUCUUCUUCUGCUGUGCUAUCACCGGCUGCUACUUCUGCUGUUGCUGUUGCUUUUGUUGCAACUUCUGCUUCGGGAAGUUUAAGCCGGGCCCCCAUGAGCCAACGCCUGAGGAAAUCAAUUUACGUGAUGAAGAAUUGGACGAUCUGGCACACCCAAUGCAUCAAGCUGCGCCUCCCUACAAUCUGGAUGAUUUACGACAGACACAGUUUAAUUCCUCAUCGUACCCGUCGGUGGGGCGGCCGAUGCCACCCCCCACAGGUAAUGUUAUCACUCGACAGCCACCCUCGACCAUGUCCGGCUACUAG